UCCCUCCUAUCUCCAGCCUCUCUCCCUCCCUCUCCGUGCUGUCUCCCCUCCUCCCCCCGAGCCGGGUGUGCCGUAGCCCGCAGGAUACUCGCAGUGUCCCCGGGCCUUGCACUGGCAGGCGGGUGAACCGCCGGGACAUGGCGGGCUGGCCGCGGGAGGCUGGCAGGAUUAUCGGUGCGGCCCGAGGCCAGUGGUGACCGUGCGGGCAGUGAGCCGGCGGCCGCGAACAUGUCGGGGGAGGUCCGCCUGCGGCAGCUCGAGCGCCUGGUCCUGGCCGGGCCGGGCCGCGGAGCCGGGGGCUGUCUGAGCGUGGAGAGCCUGCUGGACUCCCUGCUCUGCCUGUAUGAUGAGUGCUGCGCCUCCCCGCUGCGCAGGGACAAGAACAUCCACGACUACAUCGAGUGGGCCAAGCCGUUUGCCGUGAAGGUGAAGCAGCUGCGGCUUCAUAAAGAAGAUUUUGAGAUUUUGAAGGUGAUCGGGAGAGGAGCGUUCGGCGAGGUUGCGGUUGUGAAGUUGAAAAAUACAGAUAAGGUGUUUGCGAUGAAAAUCCUGAAUAAAUGGGAAAUGCUGAAGAGAGCGGAGACAGCGUGUUUCCGGGAGGAGAGAGACGUGUUAGUGAACGGAGACAGCCAGUGGAUCACGACGCUGCACUACGCCUUCCAGGAUGACAACUAUCUGUACCUGGUCAUGGAUUACUACGUGGGGGGGGACCUGCUCACGCUGCUCAGCAAGUUCGAAGACAGGCUGCCCGAGGACAUGGCGCGCUUCUACCUGGCAGAGAUGGUCAUGGCCAUCGACUCCGUGCACCAGCUUCACUACGUCCACCGAGACAUCAAGCCGGAUAAUAUCUUGCUGGAUAUGAAUGGACACAUUCGACUGGCGGAUUUUGGCUCCUGUUUAAAACUCAUGGAGGAUGGCACGGUCCAGUCGUCUGUGGCCGUCGGAACUCCGGACUACAUCUCUCCUGAGAUUCUUCAGGCCAUGGAAGACGGGAAGGGGAAGUACGGGCCGGAAUGUGACUGGUGGUCUCUCGGGGUCUGCAUGUACGAAAUGCUGUAUGGAGAAACGCCGUUCUACGCGGAGUCUUUAGUAGAGACGUACGGGAAGAUAAUGAACCAUAAAGAGCGGUUCCAGUUUCCAACUCAAUUAGCAGACGUCUCCGAACACGCCAAGGACUUAAUCCGAAGGCUGAUAUGCAGCAGGGAGCACCGGCUGGGUCAGAACGGCAUCGAGGACUUUAAGAAUCACCCGUUCUUCGCCGGCAUCGACUGGGAGAACAUCCGCAACUGCGAAGCGCCUUAUAUCCCCGACGUCAGCAGCCCGACAGACACGUCCAACUUCGACGUUGAUGACGACUGCUUGAAGAACUGCGAGACCAUGCCGCCGCCGACACACACGGGAUUUUCCGGCCACCAUCUUCCAUUUGUGGGAUUUACUUACACAAGCGAGUGUGUACUUUCGGAUAGGCGCUCCCUGAGAGAGGCAUCUGGGACGUCCAGCACAGACCUGGACGCCGCCGUCCAGAGGACCCUGGAAGACAGUUUGGCGACGGAGGCGUACGAGAGGAGGAUACGGCGCCUGGAACAGGAGAAGCUGGAACUGAGCCGGAAGCUGCAGGAGUCCACGCAGGCUGUCCAGGAUCUUCAGUAUUCUGCGGUCGAUGGUCCGGUCACCGCAAGCAAGGAUUUGGAAAUCAAGUCUUUGAAGGAGGAAAUAGACAAGCUGAAAACCCACGGGCCCGGCCAGUUGAACCGACAGCUCGAGAAGACCGAUGUGACGCGGCAGGACGCGGAGGAAUUUUCCCGGCAAAUCAAGGCGUUUGAGAAACAAGUGAAAAUGCUGAAACAGGAGAAGGAGGACCUCAACAAGGAGUUAUUGGAGUCCAGUGAAAGGUUGAAGUCCCAGGCCAAGGAGCUGAAAGAAGCCCAGAGCCAGCGGAAGCAGGCCGCGCAGGAGAUGGCGGAGCUCAACGAGCGGCUGGCGGAGCUGCGCACCCACAAGCAGAAGUUCGUCCGCCAGCUGCGUGACAAGGAAGAGGAGAUGGAUGGGGUGGCGCAGAAAGUAGAGAGCUUACGGCAAGAGCUGCGGCGGGCGGAAAGAGCCAAAAAAGAGCUUGAAGCUCAGUCCGAGGCAGCAGCAGCUGAAGCCUCCAAGGACCGGAAGCUGCGGGAGAGGAGUGAGCAGUACGCCAAGCAGCUGGAGGGCGAGCUGGAGGCGCUCAAACAAAAACAUGUCGGCCACUUUCCUGGCGCCAGCAGCUCGGAACAGCAGCAGGAGAUCGGCAAACUCAGGAGCGACCUGGAGAAGAAGAGCGUCUUCUACGAGGAGGAACUCUCCAAGAGGGAGGCUCUGCACGCAAGCGAGAUCAAGAACCUGAAGAAGGAGCUGCGGGACGCGGAGAGCCAGCAGCUCACCCUCAAGAAAGAGAUCAUGAUCCUGAAGGACAAGCUGGAGAAAACCCGCAGGGAGAGCCAAAGCGAGCGGGAAGAGUUCGAAGCUGAAUUUAAGCAGAAGUUUGAGCGCGAGCGGCUCUUACUAACAGGAGAAAACAAGAAGCUCUCCAACGAGCUGGACAAGCUCACCGCUAUGUUUGAAAAACUGAGCGUCAACAACCGGCAGCUGGAGGAAGAGAUGAGGGAUCUGUCCGACAAGAAGGAGUCCGUGGCUCACUGGGAGGCUCAGAUCACCGAGAUCAUCCAGUGGGUGAGCGAUGAGAAGGAUGCGCGCGGCUACCUGCAAGCUUUGGCUUCCAAGAUGACCGAAGAACUAGAGACCCUGAGAAACUCCAGCCUGGGCGGCAGGGCCACGGACAUGCCGUGGAAGAUGCGACGUUUUGCCAAGCUGGACAUGUCUGCGCGGCUGGAGCUUCAGUCGGCCCUGGAUGCCGAGAUCAGAGCCAAACAAGCCAUACAAGAGGAGCUCAACAAAGCCAAGGCGGCCCUCAUCGCCACCGAGUGCAAACUCCAGGAAUCUGACAAGAGGAACGAGGAGCUGGCGGCCGAAGUCGAGAAGCUGAAGUGGGAGACGGAUGAGUUUAGAUCAGAGAAAGGCGUCAAACACCAGGAGUCUCAGAAUUCAUUCCUGGCCUUUCUGAAUGCGCCUACCUCUGUUCUGGAUCACUUUGAACGUUCUCCAUCGUGCCAUCCCGCCGCCAAAGGCAGACGUAUGGAUUCCGUGGACAACUUCACUUUAUCCAACACCCCGUCUCGGGACGAAGAUGGGAAAUCGCAGGUGAUCUCCCGCUCCAGAUCCCCGUCCACCAUGAGUGACGUAGAACCCGCCGAGGUCGCCGAUCACCCGCCACGCUCCGCGCAGACGCCGACAAUGAGAGCAUCGUACCUGAGCUCAGGGUCCUCGGUACCUAAGCCCAAAGCUCACCAGUUUGUUGUGAAGUCCUUCAGCGUGCCUACAAAAUGCAGCCAGUGCACGUCGCUCAUGGUCGGGUUGAUCCGGCAGGGCUGCACCUGCGAAGUGUGUGGAUUUUCUUGCCACGUAACCUGCGCGGACAAGGCGCCUGCUGUUUGCCCCAUCCCACCAGAGCAGACUAAGGGGCCGCUAGGCAUUGACCCACAGAAAGGCAUCGGGACGGCUUACGAAGGCCACGUCCGGGUGCCCAAGCCGGCGGGGGUUAAGAAGGGUUGGCAGAGGUCCCUGGCCGUGGUCUGUGACUUCAAGCUCUUCCUUUACGACGUCACGGAGGGGAAAGCGCCGCAGCCCACGUGUGUCGUGAGUCAGGUCAUCGACAUGAGGGAUGAAGAAUUUGCCGUGAGUUCCGUACUGGCGUCUGAUGUCAUCCACGCGAGCCGCAAGGAUAUUCCGUGCAUUUUUAGAGUCACGGCUUCUCAGCUCUCCGCGUCCAGCAGCAAGUGCUCCAUCCUGCUCCUGGCAGACAGCGAAAGCGAAAAGAGCAAGUGGGUCGCCGUGCUGAACGAGCUCCACCGGAUCCUGAAGAAGAACAAGCUGAAAGAUCGCUCUGUGUACAUCCCGAAGGAGGCGUACGACAGCACCCUGCCGCUCAUUAAAAACACCCAGUCCGCUGCCAUCCUCGAUCACGAACGCAUCGCCCUGGGCAACGAAGAGGGACUGUUUGUAGUUCACGUUACCAAGGAUGAAAUUAUUCGCGUCGGGGAUAACAAGAAGGUUCACCAGGUAGACCUCAUCCCGAACGAGCAGCUGAUCGCCGUGAUUUCGGGGAGGAAUCGCCACGUCCGGCUCUACCCCGUGGCCUCUUUAGACGGCAGGGAGACCGAGUUCUUCAAGCUGGCCGAGACGAAGGGCUGCCAGGGCAUGGUGUCCGGCCACGUGCGGCACGGCGCCCUCACGUGCCUUUGCGUGUCCAUGAAGAGGCAGGUUCUCUGUUACGAACUGAACCAAAGCAAGAGCCGCCACAAAAAGAUCAAAGAGAUCCAGGUUCCGGGGAACGUCCAGUGGAUGGCCAUUUUCAACGAGCGCCUCUGCGUGGGUUAUCAGUCUGGGUUUAUGAGGUAUCCUUUGCACGCCGACGGGAGUCCUUGUAGUCUGCUCCAUCCGGACGACCACACGUUGUCCUUCAUCGCGCAGCAACCCACGGACGCCAUCUGCGCCGUUGAGAUCUCGAACAAGGAAUACCUGCUGUGUUUUAGCAGCGUUGGGGUUUAUGUCGACUGCCAGGGCCGGAGGUCGCGGCAGCAGGAGCUGAUGUGGCCGGCGGUUCCUUCAUCGUGCUGUUACAACGCGCCGUACCUCUCCGUGUACAGCGAGAACGCAGUAGACGUCUUUGACGUGAACACCAUGGAGUGGAUUCAGACGAUUCCUCUGAAGAAGGUACGCCCGUUAAACGCAGAAGGCUCCCUAAAUCUUUUGGGGCUGGAGACGAUACGACUAAUUUAUUUUAAAAAUAAAAUGGCAGAAGGGGAUGAGCUGGUUGUUCCAGAAACUUCCGAUAACAGCCGCAAACAAAUGGUGAGAAACAUCAACAACAAGAGGCGCUACUCGUUCCGCGUGCCGGAGGAGGAGCGGAUGCAGCAGAGGAGGGAAAUGUUACGAGAUCCAGAAAUGAGAAACAAACUGAUUUCCAACCCAACCAAUUUUAACCAUAUUGCACAUAUGGGGCCUGGAGAUGGCAUUCAGAUACUGAAAGAUCUGCCCAUGCCGAGGUCCCCUUAUCCAUCUCCCCUCCGCCAUAACUCCAGCUUGAUCUCCACUCCGAGCAACUUCGAGCACGUCUAUCACAUGACCGUAAACUCUGCCGAAAACUUCCUCUCCUCCGAUCCCGCACUCCUUGCCUCCUCUUCCUCCCCGGCCCGCGGCUCAGCCCCUGGCCCUCACAGGAAUCUCCGGCAUCAGGACAGUCGGACGAUGUUCAGCGGCUCUGUCAGUAUUCCGUCUAUCACCAAAUCGCGCGUGGAGCCAGGACGGUCAAUGAGCGCCAGCAGCGGACUAGCUGCAAGGACGUCACAGAACGGUAGCGCCUUACGCCGGGACUUUUCUGGAGGGAGUUACGGAGCAAAACGCCAGCCCAUGACUUCACCGUCGGACGGAUCCCUCUCUUCCGGUGGACUUGAACAGGGCGGCGAUGCGCCUGCGCGGGAUUACGAGCGUGAGGACUCUGACUCACCGAGGCACUCAACAGCUUCCAACAGCUCCAACCUCAGCAGCCCUCCGAGCCCGGCGUCUCCCCACAAGACCAAGAGCAGUUCCCUGGAGAGCUCCGACCACGUGAGUUGGGACGCGUGAACUCACCCUGCCGCCCCUUCCAGCUUCUCCUCGCUCGCCCCCAAGAUCACUCGUCUACCUGCACCCCAGCGCCUCAGGACUGGUCUGGAUCUCCAGAAAUAGGAACACCUUAUAUAUAUAUAUAAAUAUCUAACGCCAUCAGCACCGCAUUGCCUCGGACUUGAGAGAAGGCGGAAUGUUGGUGAACAGACGUGGUAGAUAGAUUGUAGCAAACCGUUGCUUUUAUCAUGGUUUACAGGUGGUUUCCGUGCUGUGAAAGAUGAGAUCAAAUCCGCGCACACAGGAUAAAAAAAACACCAUAUUCUGGGGGACUUGCGGACCCCCGGUAAGCUUUGUCUGACUGUCAAGGAUCGGCUCUGUGCCGCCUGUCCCCUCAGGGGCGGCGCGUGGCCACCCAA